AUGAACGUUCGCCUGGUGACUGCAUGGGCACUAACUGCAUGUUGCGCACUAACGGUCGGCGCGGAUCUGCCAAGCUGUGAUCGGGCUAGAUGCCAUCACUGUCGAGUGCCAUUCAUCGCCAAAAUGUGCCCAGAAACUUGUGAGCCGUGCCCGAAGGAGAAAUUUUUGCUGGACAACGAACUUCCGGCAAAGAAAACUCCGGAUGGAACGACGAAAGACUUCAGGCAACAACAAAAGAAAUUUCCUCGCAAGCCUCAUGUAAGAUUUCGCUGA